CUCAGGGAGCCGCGCAGGGCUCUCAGCCCAUAGGAGGAGCAGUUUGUCAAGGCCUGGAGCAGAGCGGCGAGCUUUCAGCGGGAGGCGGUGGUGCAGGGUGGCCCGUUCCCAGAUUAGGCCCCAAUGCUGCGCGCCCUGACCAGCACCCUGCGCUUUCCGCGCCCCUGGAGGCCGCUUGAGACCCGCGGCUGCUCCUCCAACCCCGGGGCUGCAGGCCGGGAGAUCCAGGUGUGCGCUCUGGCGGGUCCAGACCGGGGAAUUGCUGAGAUUCUGAUGAACAGACCGAGCGCCCGCAAUGCCCUGGGGAACGUCUUCGUCAGUCAGCUGCUGGACGCUCUGGCCCAGCUUCGGGAGGACCAGCAAGUGCGUGUCCUGAUCUUCAGGAGUGGAGUGAAGGGUGUGUUCUGUGCAGGUGCAGACCUGAAGGAGCGGGAGCAGAUGAGUGAAACAGAAGUGGGGGUCUUUGUCCAGCGGCUCCGAGGCCUGAUGACUGAGAUUGCAGCCUUCCCUGCACCCACCAUUGCCGCUGUGGACGGGUUUGCCUUGGGUGGAGGCCUGGAACUUGCCCUGGCCUGUGACCUCCGAGUGGCAGCAGCUUCCUCGGCUGUCAUGGGGCUGAUCGAGACCACCCGAGGGCUCCUCCCAGGAGCAGGAGGGACUCAGAGGCUGCCUCGAUGCCUGGGGGUGGCCCUGGCGAAGGAGCUCAUCUUCACAGGCCGACGACUGAGUGGGGCGCAGGCCCAGGCUCUGGGGCUGGUGAACCACGCUGUGGCCCAGAAUGAGGAGGGCAACGCCGCCUACUGCCGGGCCCGAGCCCUGGCCCAGGAGAUCCUGCCCCAGGCCCCCAUCGCUGUGCGGCUGAGCAAAGUUGCCAUUGACCGAGGAAUAGAGGUGGACAUUGCAUCAGGGAUGGCCAUUGAAGGGAUAUGCUAUGCCCAGAACAUCCCAACCCGGGAUCGGCUGGAAGGCAUGGCUGCCUUCAGGGAGAAGCGCCUCCCCAGAUUUGUUGGCAAGUGACCUCCAUUUAACCUGAAGCAAGGGAGAUGCACACCUUACAGAACAGGAUCCAGAAGGAAGAAGUGCAGCACCUCUGCCCUCAUCACUUCACCUCUCUGGGUUCCAGUCUCCUCACAAGGACAUGAUGGAUAGGGAAUGACUGGCAUGGUGCCCGGUCCUAGGGUGCUGCCUAUGCCACCUACUGCUCCCUUCAUUACUCCUCAGCCAGGCGAGCUCAUCACUGGAGUCGGGUUUGCUUUGAAGCAUACCUGUCUGUCCCUAAUAGAACGAUAAACUAAGGAUAAAACAGACCCCUCUGGGCCUUUAUAGCACUGGCACUCAAGCCUAACUUCUGCGUCUCGGUUAUUAGGUGCUCACCAGAGAUGGCAAGAGGCUUUAAGAACCACCCCACAACGGCCGUUUCUUCCACAGUACAACAGAGAUAAUAAGGAAACCUUGGCUGUGGUUGAAUAGACUCAGCUCUCUGCCAGUUACUCACUGUUUACCUCAGCCUCCUCAACUACAACGAACCUGUUAUGAGGAUUAAAAAAUAAUAAUAAUAAAAUACCUGAUGUUCCAUAAA